GACCAAGUUCGGUCUUUAACUCGGGAGUUAAAGGAUAAGACACGGGAGUACAAGGAGGCUUACCGAAAGCUGGAACAGGAAGCCAACGGGAAUGUGGAUUACGAUUCAGUUGUUGACACUACCACUCCAGUUUACAAACAGCUAGUGGAAGCAUUUGCGGAGGAGCAGGCAAUCGGUGAUGUGCUCUACUACUUGUCGCAAGCUCUUGAAAACGGUUCCAUCGAUCCAGACGAAUUCCUAAAAGCUGUGAGAGAUCAGUCUCGCAAUCAAUUCAUGAAACGCGCUAUGGUGUUCCAAUGUAGAGCCAAAGCAGGUCUACCAUCUGUCUAG